ACAUAAUCACAUGUUUUGCUCUUUACAACAUGAAGCGAGUCCGUCGGGCCAAGUCCAAGUCUGCUUCUCGUUCACCUGGGGAAAGCAGGACCUUUGCAAAGCCUGAAGAAGCACACGACAGAGGUGGCAGGGGAAAGGUCAAGAGCCGUCGGAACCCACCUAUUGCGCAUCCACCACAGACCACUCAGUCUGCGGAACAGUUUCGUCUGCCAUCUCAUGGCCCUGGUCGUAAGAAUGAUCACGCUCUUAAAGAUACAAGUUCACCAUGUCACUCGGAAGGGCAUAGUGAUUACUCGUCUGGAGAAAGACAUUAUCAGCCGUCUUCACCACACUAUGACGAUCAUCACAGAGCUGCAAAGGGUCCAAAACCGAGAGUGUCGUGUCCAAGUAAUUCUCAACACGCUGCUAGUUCCCGCCACGUUUCCCGACAGUCACUCUCUCCUGAACGACGGCCUUAUUCUACAACCUCACAGGACUAUGGUCGUGGAAUAACUGGAGCAAUGGGCAGGCUAGCAAUAGCCGGCUCCAAACACAGAUCAUUGCCUGCGCUACCCUUCCACAGAAGAAGAUUUGUUCUGCCAAAGCGAGCUGCUCAGUGUCCACCAAGCAUAGCUGACUAUCGCGAUGGCUACCCUGAUAUAAAAGACGACAAAAGCAAAAAUGCCAACUAUGAAUUCUACAUUGGAAAAAUUCCAUUUCAUCGAAAGGGUGUGUUAAUUGACACAAUCUUGGCCAACUGGUGGGGCAGAUACGAUAUUCUCGAAGAACGACAUGACUACAUUCAGUGGCUAUUUCCAACCCAAGAUGGGAGUGAUUUCAACUAUUAUGCUCAGCCUUUACAAAAACACGAGAAAAAGGCGAUAUGUGCCGAUUCUGAGGCAAGUGGGCGUGUAGUCUUCUGCUACAAGAUGAUGUUGGACUUUUACGGCAUGAAGCUUUUCCCUUCAGGAGAAGUCGAGAGAAGUGAAUGCUAUCUUGAGCGUUUUGCUGCGCUGAAUACUUCCAGUCACAAUCACAGACGGAUAACUCGGAUACUCAAAUCACUCGGAGAACUUGAUCACGAAUAUCUGAAACCACACUUUUUUGAGGUGUGUCCUAAGAGAAGCAAUUCUGUACGGACACCUUGAGAACACUCUUGAUAGCUGCUUGAAGUACUGGGUGGAGACAAUAAGAGAUGAAAACGAGAGGGACAGUCUCUGGCUCUUAGCACAAUCACUUGUUGAAGAACGCAAUUGUCAGUAAGAGAAUGUUUCUUUUUUGUUUUGCACAUGAGUAUAUAUGCAGUAAAUAUAGUAGGUGUUGAUCAAGUGGAUUGUUGUCAGUAGUUUAAUCUCUCUCACUUGCAGUGCUUCAAAUAUUUCCUUAUGUAUGUUUGUAUAAUUAUUUAACGCCGUAAAUUGCAGUUAACUACCUAAAGUUGAUUUGCAGCGGAAUCUCUCGUACCGACUCUGAACGUUACUGCUCUGUGUUGUAUAAUUAACCCUCGGCGGCGCGCACGAG